AUGCCGGUCUACAUGCUCUACGGCUUCCGAUGGCCUCGGGCUGGGUUUACCGGCAUUCGAGUCUACAUCGUCCUGCAUAACCUCGAAGACGCAACUGCCGAAUACGUCCAGAAGCCGAUUACGAACAAGUUGCUCAUCGACUCGUUUUCGAAGACAGACCCUGGCAUUGUCGCCAAUCUCCCCGAGCUACGGUUCAUCGAACAAUACGACCCCGAAGACGAGAGCGACGACGCUGUGAGCAAACCAUAUGCAUAUGUCGGGGCCAAAGUGAUCAGUAUCCCUGAAGAAGGAGCGGCGACUGCAGGGACGUCCUGGAAUACGGAUAUAUUUCAGGAGAAUCCUUUGGAUGCUGCUGGGGACAAGGCGUUGACUGAGUUCCGAGACAAGUAUGCCGCUGGGGAGCGGAUAGGCUGGUGGAUUGUGUAUAACGGGGAUCCUGAACGAUACUACCCUCAUGAAGAGGGGGAAGAGUAUGAUGAUGAUAUCAUGGAGGAAGAUGAAGAUUACGACGAUAAUUAUGACUAUGAUCGGGAUAGGAACUCGCAUUCAAAUUCGAGCGAGGCCCCAUCGACCCCUACGAUACGGCUUCCCGAGUCAUUUACACGGUUUUUUACCAAGAGGUCUUCGUGA